AUGUUGUCGCGGCCGCUGGGAGUUUUCGGUGCCCUCAGCUCGUUUGGUGCUUUGGUACCGCUUUCAGCGAGAGCUGGGACAACUGGGUGGAUCAACAGCGGGACGCCGGAAGGCGUUCCAGAGGAGUAUGACUGUGCCAUCCGCGAACUCGUCUGGCAGCAGGGCCAGAAACUUCUGCCAGCGCGGGGGUCCUUCCGCAGCCUUUUCGAGGCGAUGCAGUUACAGAACUGCAAUCGGACCACGCCAAGCGACGAGGAUCACUGGCAGCCUCCAAGGUAUCCAGCGCCUUCGGAUGCCAUCUUCGUAGACGGCAGGGGGCAGGACCACCACCCCGGGACUUUGCAGCUACCAGUGAGGUCACUCCAAGCCGCCCUGGAGAUUGCUGCUGGUCUGUCUUCGAAGCCGGUGAUCGUGCUUCGAGAGGGCACUUACUACGUGAAUGCCACCUUACAAAUCUCCAAGGAGAAGUUCAUCCAGGGGCUGCAGAUCCAGAACUACCCGGGCGAACACGCAGUGCUGAGUGGGGGACGCCCCCUAAACAUCCCUAAAGCUGCCUGGAGCAAUGUUCGGAAAGAGACAGGCUGGAGGCGUUACACUGGUUGGAACAACAUUUUUGGGUUGGUGCCCAAGCCAAAACAGAGCGCUGACUGUUGCCUCUUCCUCGGUACUUUCCAGUCCUUGCAAGACUGUGAAAACGCUGCCGCCGAUCAUUCAAGUUAUGUAUGGCAUGAAUCCGCCGACCCUGCUUGGCUUCACACAUGUUAUGGUAUGAAAGACCCAUUUGGAUUCCAUCCGGUCUCGCAGAACGGGACAAUCACAGGCCGUCGCAUGAUGACGAACCUUUGGCGAGCGGACCUUUCUGCAUUAAACUUGGAUAUCGGCCCGGAGGGUUUUCCUGGGCUUCGCUUGAACGGAGAGCGAGCAAUCCGCGCUAAGUAUCCGGACGGUGCUCCGGAGCGUACCGGGCAAUGGCUGUAUGGUGCUGGCCAGUCAAUGGGCGGUGGAGACUAUGUCAAUGCAUUCAUCCGUGAUGGCUUCACAUCUUGGACACCUCCACGGCAGCGCCCACCAUCCAGGGACAUGGCCGUCAGCAGCAGCGACUGGCCCGGGGUGGAAUGGCCCAUGACUUCUCCCGAUGGGUCCAAAAUUUGGACAGGCGAGGGCGACUUCGGAAAGUUCUAUAUCGGAGUGGGGGGAACAUGCGACGAUGUCAAGCCCUCUGCCGGGUAUUGGUGCGGGGCCCACCCACCAAGAGGCAUCAUAACACACAACUCGCCUUCCGGAAUCGACAAGGCAUCGACGGUCCUGCCACACUUUCAGAACUACACAAGCUUGAGCACCAAGCCUGUGAUCAACGCAUGGCGGGGUGGCGGGCGGUGGUUCUCCUGGCAGUUCUUGGUGGACGAAGUCCGUGGAGAGUCCAUGGUCUUCUCCGCUCAUCGUGGUGGAAAUCAGGGUGGUGAGGGAGUGAAAACUGGAGGGCAAUGGUGGAUCGAGAACGUGCUGGAGGAGUGCGAUGCUCCCAACGAGUUCUUCUAUGACCAUCAAAGCCGGAUGCUCUACUUCUCCUUCAACGGCACGAACACAGAGCCUGACGGCACCGAGCAGUGGGUCCUGCCCGUCACGCAAGUACUUCUCAAUAUCACCAGCUCUGACAGCAGUCUACGCGGUGUCGAAGUUCGGGAUUCCAUGCUGACCUACCUGGAACCUCACGGCCUGCCAUCAGGGGGCGACUGGGCCUUGGAGCGCCUGGCCGCCAUCGUCAUCCGCGAUGCGUCGAACGUGACGGUGGCGGACAGUCUGCUCACCAAGUUGGAUGGGAACGGUAUCUUCCUGGAUGGUGCCGUGAAAAAUGCGAGCUUGACGGGCAACGAGUUUUCUUAUAUAGGAAGUUCAGCUAUGGCUGCUUGGGGAUACACAGGAGAUUGCUUGAAUGAGAACUGCUCUUUGACGCUGCCAAAGGGCACUUUGAUGGGGCCGGACGGGCGCGGCAUGCGGGUGCCACACGGGACUCUGGUGAAGUCGAACCUUGUGCGUGAGAUUGGGAUCUGGCAGAAGCAAUCCUCUAUGUGGUUUCAAGCUGUGACUGCAGAGACCCAGCUUAUCGGCAACGUGCACUUCAAUGGCCCUCGCGCCGGGAUCAACUUCAACGACGGAUUUGGUGGAGGUGAUUUAAUCGAAGGAAAUGUGAUUGGGAACUGUGUGCGUGAGUCUGGCGAUCAUGGGCCAUACAACAGCUGGGAUCGCGUCCCCUACAUUACGACUCUUCGAACCGGUCGGCCGUCCAUCAUACCGAAACAAAGACACAUCACCAGGAAUCUGUGGCUCGGCACGUACAGCACACAGGAGGGUGUGGACACAGACGAUGGCUCCUCGUACCUUUUGCAAGACUUCAAUGUCUUUGCAUAUGGUACGAAUGGACUGAAAAACGAUUUUGGAGGCCACGACAAUCACCAAAUCAACAACAUGUACCUUUUCAUUAGCAAUGCCUGGUUUGCUGGAACAGGAUUGUUACCCGAUGGAACGGGCAAUAAUGAUGCCUUCACCAACAAUCGAUGUCUUCUGAAAGUUGGUGGCAGAUAUCAGUCGGACUGCGGCCACAACGCGAAGGGCUUCAUUACCCAUGACAACACCGUCUACACCAAGGAUGGUGCGACGAAGGUGUGCGGUGGCCACGACCUGAACGAUUAUGUGAGGCAUUCAGGAUUUGACCAUGGAUCCUCGGUGACGGUCUGGCCUGGCGUUGAAGAGCUCAAGGCGUCAGCAAACGAACUGCUGAAUGGGAAGGCAGAGACUCCAUCGACUGUCUUUGUCUGA